AUGUCUGAAAACUCUCUUUCUUAAAAUGAAUUUUAUGAGUUGAAACAUGUUAGAACAUUAAAAAACAAACCUUCAAAAUUAUCAUAAAAAAAGAAGCGAACUUUAUUCUAUUUAAAUAAAGCAAUGUUAGAAAAAGAAUAUAUUAAAACUGAUUUGAGUUGUGAUUGUACAGAAUGUGGAAAAUGCAGUUAAUUUAUUGGGACAAUAAAAAAACAAUACCCAUUUAAUGGAACAAGGUAAAAAAUUAAUAAAAUUCAAGAUGGUAGAAAAGAAAGAGAGUUUUAAAAAGAUUUAAAGCAGCAAUUAAUGCUAUUAUUUUUAUUUUAUCAUAUAAAGUGGAGGCUAUUAAAAAAUUCAGAAAAAGGAUGCAUAUUCUAAAAGCAAUGAGAAAUUUAACAACAGUAAAAAAAUCUUAAAUUACUGCCUCAACACAUUUAUAGCAAUAAUAAUUAAUUAGUAUUCCUCAAUCAAGAUAAUCAUAGAGGUACUAAUUGUAAUAAAAGUAAGGAUUAAAACUACUCCUGAUGAUGAAACUUUUUUUAAUCAUUUAAUAAAUAGUGCCAGAGAACCUAGAAAAAGUUAAGUUUCAUUGUAUAUGAAUAAAAUGUUAAAAGACGUUAUUCCAAAAUCAGAAAUUCAUUUGAAACCUUUGAGUUAUUUAAAUUAGAAGUUGAUAAAAUAAAAUAAUGCAAAAUCAAUUACCUAAGCAUCUUUUUCUCAUUUUAAUUAUUUACAAGUUUAAUCGAAUCCAUAAAGGUUCACAACAUUACAUGUAGAGUCAAUUGUGAAUAAUCAAUAUAAAAUGAAUAAUAAAGAUCUUUUAAAAUUAAUAGAUUCUCUUAAGGUUAGACAUAGAAUUAUUAGAUGUAAGAAAUGAUUAUAUAAUUUAUAGUUUAUUUAUUUUAUUAUUCAUAUUUCUUUGUUUAUAAAUUAAUUAAUAAAUGGACCUUCUGAAAGAUCCUGUCAAUGAUCGAUAAGUGAAAACACUAAAGCCUCCACCUCAUCGUCCAUUGUCAAGGAAUCUAAUGUUUCCAGAUAAAUUGAAAAGUAAUCAAAACAUUAACAAUAGACAAACCUGAUUGGAAAUUGUUACGAGAUCAUUUACAAAAAGAAGGUAGAAUUGCUAAAGAGGAUUUAUUUAAAUUAGUUGCUGAUUGUAAUAAAUUAUUAAGUAUAAAUUUAUUGUUAUUAUUAGAAAAUGAAGGGAAUGUAAUAUAUUUGUAAGAUCCUCUAACUGUUGUUGGUGAUAUCCAUGGGUAAUAUAUUGAAAUUCAAUCUUAGUUAAUAUUAUGACUUAUUGAAAUUGUUAGAGCCUAAAGUGGGAGGAAAUCCUGAAAACACAAAGUAAAUUUGAAAAAUAUUAAAAAUAAUAGAUAUCUCUUUUUAGGAGAUUUUGUCGAUAGAGGUUCAUACUCAAUAGAAGUAAUUAUAUUGAUGUAUGCAAUAAAAUUGAAUUUUCAAAAUACAGUAUAUUUUUUAAGAGGAAAUCACGAAUGUAGAUAAUUAACAGCAUUCUUCAAUUUUAAAGAAGAAUGUUUAUAUAAAUAUGAUUAAGAGACUUAUGAAAUGUUGAUGGAUUCAUUUGACUUAUUUCCAUUGGCAUGCAUAAUAAACUCUAAAUUCAUUGCAAUUCAUGGUGGAAUAUCUCCUGAUUUAAAAUCAAUAGAAGAUAUCAAAAAGAUAGAAAGAUAUCAUGAACCUCCUAGAUAAGGAUUAUUUUGUGAUUUGUUAUGGAGUGAUCCAGUUGAUUAAGAAUAGGGUUAUUUAGAUACUGCAUGGAAAUCGAAUGAAGUAAGAGGAUGCAGUUGGUUUUUUGGUGGAGAUUCAGCAAAUAAGUUUUUAUAAAGGAAUAAUUUAAUAUCUAUUAUCAGAGCUCAUGAAGUAAAAUAAAUUAAUAAUAUAAGGCUUAAUUGGAUGGAUAUAAAAUGCAUAGAUGGAAUGGUGGUUAAGACUUUCCAGUUGUAAUUACUAUUUUUAGUGCUCCAAAUUAUUGUGAUGUCUAUAAUAACAGAGGAGCAGUCAUCAAAUUUGAAAAUAAUACUUUGAAUAUUCAGUAAUAUUAAUAUACACCUCAUCCGUAUUUAUUACCAAACUUUAUGGAUAUUUUUACAUGGUCAAUUCCAUUUGUGGCUGAAAAAAGUAAUAUCAUAUUAUAAUAUAAUUUUAGUAACUGAAAUGCUAUAUAAUAUAUUAUAAACAGAUAUUUAGGGAGAUGAUGAUGAAUAAAUUAGUGAAUCAGAUAUAUAGUAAUUUAAAUAAUUGACCAAAUAGGCUGCUUUAUAAAAAUAAUCAACAACAGGUAGUUCAUAAGGAGCAUAAAAAAGUAAAUUAUUUAUAUAUAUAUUAAAAAUAGACACUGAAAAAUUGAAGAAUAAAAUUAAAUUCGUAUCUACUAUGAUGAAAAUGUAAAGAACACUUAGAGAAGAGAGAGAAAGUAUAAUAUAAUUAAAAGGUGCUUGUCCAGAUAAAAGAUUACCAAGAGGUAUACUUAUGAAAGGAAAAGAUGCAAUUAAUGAUUGUAAAAUUUAAAAUUAAUUGUUAGAGCUUGCUGAUUUUACUACAGCCAAAAGUGUAGAUCUAAUUAAUGAAAAAAUGCCUUAUGCUCAGAUACCAUAAGAAUCAAUACAAAUAAAAAAACCAUCAACUUAGAGGAAAAAAUGA